AUAAGAGCACAUUUGUGAUGGAGUCCCCAUUCGUUCACGUUGAUGCAGCUGAGAUGAGUUCUUGGAUUGCAAGCGCCAACCCGGCCAUGAAACUUAUUUUGCUCUUCACAGCCUCCCUCACCUGGGCCUUCCAGCAGCAGGCUGAGCCGUCCAAGUACCAGUACCGCGACCCCGUGACCUCCGACCUCCUCCUUUGCGACCAGUGUCCCCCCGGCACGGCCGUGAAGAAACACUGCACUGCUGACAGGGCCACAGAGUGCCAAGCCUGCCCCGAGAGGCAUUUUGCCGACAGCUGGCACUGGGGGGACUCGUGCCAAUAUUGCACCUCGGUGUGCAAAGAGAGACAGCUGGUGAAACACGAGUGCAACAGCACCCACGACCGAGUGUGCGAGUGUACUGGAGGUUUCCACCUGGUGGUCGAGUUCUGCAUCACGCACAGCUCCUGUCCACCCAGCUACGGAGUGGCAGCUUUAGGUACCCCGGGGAGUGACACUGUGUGCAAGCAAUGCCCCGCCGGUCAUUUCUCCAGCAGCCGGUCCUCCACAGAACCAUGUCGACCACACAGAAACUGCACAGACUCGGGCCUGAAGACACUGAGAUGGGGAACGUCCACUUCAGACAGCAUCUGUGGGAGUCAGGACCAAAUCAUGGCCAUCGAUUGCGCUCAUCAGCACACUUUGUGUCACACAGACGUGCUCUUGUGCGAGGAGGCCGUCUUCCAGUCGCUCGCUUCCCUGCAGCUGUCCUCCGUGCCCCUGGAGCGUCUGCUGGAGAGUCUUCCGGGCCGGCGGGUGGACGGCAAGAGCGUGGAGAGGCUGAAGAAGGCCUGUUCUCCGCAACAGCAAGUCCUCCAGCUGCUGCGGCUGUGGAGGCAGCAGAACAAGGACCAGGACAAGCUGUAUGGCAUCAUAAAAGGUGUGAACCACUGCGAGCGGAAGGUCUCCCGUAGCAACAGCCUGAAAAACGUAACUUUCGCCGACCUCUUGGAAGUCACCAACAGCUUGCCGGGGGUUAAAGUUCACCGGGAGGACGUGUCGGCGCUGUUGGCUACUUGUCUCCCCAAGCAGUACAUUCUGCAGCUCCUCCACCUGUGGAAGACGGCCAACUUUGACCUGGAUCUGGUCAAAGGUCUUUCUCACAGUCUCAGGGUGCUGCGCAGCAAAGGGGCACCUCGCUACCUUUUAAAGGGCCUGAAGAAGAUCAGCCGCAUUAUUGGCUCCACCUCCACGCGCAAGACGUAUGAGAAGAUGUUUGUUAGCAUGCUGCAGGAUGAGCUGUGUUUUAAAACUCUAAAGCCGUUCAACGAAUGAAGAAGAUUUCUAUUAGGGAUGGGCAUUUGACAACAUUUACUUUAUUCGACCUUUGGGCAAAUGAAUGACCAAUUAAGUGUUUUUUUUUUUUUUUUUAAUAUAAAUUAUUCAUAUUUUUUUAAUUGGUUGAGAGAAAAGGCAGCACGUCUGCCUUGCAGUUCUGAGGGUUUUGCGGUUCACAUCCCAAGUUCAACCUGUGGAGAUUGCCUUUUCUCACCAUGCUUGCGUUGGUUUUCUCCAGCUGCUCUGGCUUUCGCCCACAUUUCAAACACUUGUAUGUUCGGUCCAUUGAAUUGUCCAUAGGUAGGAAAGUAAGUGGCGUACCCCUCCUCGUGCUCAAAAGUCAGCUGGGAUAGGCUCCAGCUCAUCCACAACCUUAAUGGGGACAAACGCUAUAGAAAAUACAGUGGACUGGUAACCAGUCCAGGUAGCCCACCGCUUCUUCCCCUGCUAUUGACUGUAAACUCGCCCGCAAACCCAAAUGAGGAUAAGCGCUACAGAAAUUUCAUGGAUGGAUGAUUGGGAAAAUAGCACUCUGUAUGUUCUGAACUCCUUUUUUUCAGUGUCUUAUUGAGUAGAAUAAUGCUUCCUAAAGGAGUUUGGCUUCCAUUGGCUUACGACUUGUUCUUCUUCUUCAGACCACAAACGAGUUGGCGGUGACCCAACAGCGCCUCCGCUGGUUGCAGUCAAAAAUGUAUUUCGUAUCGCCUCGACGGCUUCAAGACUCAAUAAAUCGGCAACAAUUGCUGAGGAUAAAUUAGCGGACAAAUUGAUUUUCAUGCCCAUCCCUAGCUUAGAUUCACACUUGACUUCAAGGUGGGAACAACACUGAUGACAUAAGCCGAUAGUUCUAGCCAGUCAAAUCAUUAGGUACACCUAAGCAAUGUAAUGGAUCCAAUACAGGAGUUGGAUUUGUAAGUUCGCAAUGUAUCAUGAACAUUACCUCUGUCAUUUUUCUUACAGUUCUUGUGUUAUGCCGAUGAUGAUGAUUAUGAUGGUGAUGAUGACGAUGAUGAUUAUUGGACUGUGCUGGUGCACAUUCAUACAUGAAAGCAUCAAGUCUGUGGGAUGUUACUUAAGUACAUAAAGCUACACACAUUAUUAUGAAAAGGUGUUUAUAGUAUUUCUUGUGAUAAUAUAAUGAUACAAUACCCCUUAUAAGGGUGAAUAAUUAAUUACACAAAUACUUUUGCCCAUUUUCAGUCUUUUGAGGAAUUAUAAUCGUACGAUCUUUUCAUUUCUAGGCAGACCAUAACGUAAACUUUGGGAAAUACUUCAUGGGAAUCGUUUGAGUCUGUGAAAAGUAAUAAAGAAAAUAUUUAAAAUGUAAAUAGUACUAUUUUAUGGAAAGUGGGACGGGAAAUUGUGUAUGUUCAUUUUUUCAUAUUGCUUUCUCGCUAUUUGAGAGGAAGGAUUUGAUUUCAUAAUGAAAUCCAGGUAUGAGCUAUAUACUGUAUGUCCUUUGUUUGUUGCUUUUGUCUGCGACUGCUGGCAAGUGACACUUAUUGGGAUUUUAUUUUGUAAUUUUCAGCUUUAUGAAUGUAAAAUUGUGUUCUAUUUAAAAACAAAAGGGAAUUUAACGUUCCAUUCUUUGUAAAGGCUUGUUUUUUUUAAAUUGCUUUAUAAAACAAAUACUGGAUUCUAAAUGCUGCAACUUUUUUGAAGGGAUAUGUGUUUUAUAUUUGUUUUGCAUUACUUUUAAUAUGAUGAACUUUAUUGUAUAUAUGCCUCGUGUAACACUAAUGUUAAAUAGUUUGUACAAAUGCAUUGCUUCAUAAAAGAUGAG